UACGUAUUCCUUGCGCACCGUCACCUACAGAAUGGCUGAGAAUGAUGUUGAAAACGAGCUGCUGGAUUAUGAAGAGGACGAGGAGCCUCAAGGAGCCCCGGAGAGCGUCACUCCUGUGGGCAAGAAGGAGGUGAAGGGCUCGUACGUCUCCAUCCACAGCUCGGGCUUCAGGGACUUUCUGCUCAAGCCGGAGCUGCUGAGGGCCAUCGUUGACUGCGGGUUCGAGCAUCCGUCUGAAGUGCAGCACGAGUGCAUCCCGCAGGCCAUCCUCGGCAUGGAUAUCUUGUGUCAGGCCAAGUCCGGUAUGGGCAAGACGGCCGUGUUUGUGCUCGCCACCCUACAGCAGAUCGAGCCGGUGGAAGGACAGGUGUCGGUGCUGGUCAUGUGUCACACGCGUGAGCUGGCCUUUCAGAUCAGCAAGGAGUACGAGCGCUUCUCCAAGUACAUGCCCACGGUCAAGGUGGCCGUGUUCUUCGGCGGCAUGUCCAUCAAGAAGGACGAGGACGUCCUGAAGAAGAGCUGCCCUCACAUCGUUGUGGGGACGCCGGGCCGAAUCCUCGCGUUGGUGCGCAACAAAACCCUCAACCUGAAGAACGUCAAGCACUUCGUCCUGGACGAGUGUGACAAGAUGCUGGAACAGCUCGAUAUGAGGCGUGAUGUACAGGACAUCUUCAGACUGACGCCUCAUGAGAAGCAGUGCAUGAUGUUCAGCGCCACCCUCAGCAAAGAGAUCCGGCCCGUCUGCCGCAAGUUCAUGCAGGACCCGAUGGAGGUGUUUGUGGACGACGAGACGAAGCUGACCCUUCACGGCCUGCAGCAGUACUACUGCAAACUGAAGGACAGCGAGAAGAACCGCAAGCUCUUCGACCUGCUCGACGUCCUGGAGUUCAACCAGGUGGUGAUCUUCGUGAAGUCUGUUCAGCGCUGUGUGGCUCUUUCACAGUUACUAGUGGAGCAGAACUUCCCCGCCAUCGCCAUCCACAGAGGAAUGGCUCAGGAAGAGAGGUUGUCUCGGUAUCAGCAGUUCAAAGACUUCCAGCGGAGGAUCCUAGUGGCCACGAAUCUGUUCGGUCGAGGAAUGGAUAUCGAGAGGGUCAACAUCGUCUUCAACUACGACAUGCCCGAGGACUCCGACACAUACCUCCACAGGGUGGCUCGUGCCGGCCGCUUCGGCACCAAGGGUUUGGCCGUCACGUUCGUGUCAGAUGAAACCGAUGCCAAAAUCCUGAACGACGUGCAGGACCGAUUUGAGGUCAACGUGGCCGAGUUACCCGAGGAGAUCGACAUUUCCACUUACAUUGAACAGUCCAGAUGAAGGUCUUGGCGUUUCCAGAACCGCAGAUGUUGGUUUGCGGCAGGACGACAAACCUCUGUUUUUAAAGCCUCCUUUUUACCUCAAACCCACUGUUGUUUUUACCGCUUCUCGUCAGAGGAUCAGGCGAUAUGUCUGUUUUGAUUUUGUCAAAAUCAUGUCUUGUUUUGGGUUUUAAUGAAAUUAAAACUUUUUAUAUACCACA